AUGUCCCCCCGACGCCCAACGCGGACACAGUCCCGACGGCUAGUGUCCUCACUCUCCCUUGUCUUCUUUGCUUUCCUCGCUGUCCUUCUCCUAUGCCCUGUCUCGGUUAGUGCGGAUGAUGACAAGCGGUCUGAGUAUGGGACAGUUAUCGGUAUUGAUCUUGGUACAACUUACUCUUGUGUAGGUGUACAACGAGGUGGACGCGUCGAAAUUAUUGCAAACGACCAAGGCCAUCGUAUUACGCCAUCAUGGGUCAGCUUUUCGGAUGAGGAGCGACUUGUUGGUGACGCUGCCAAGAAUGCCUACGCCUCGAACCCCGAGAACACUGUCUUUGAUGCGAAGCGUCUCAUUGGUCGUAAAUAUGACGAUCCUGAGGUCAAGCGCGACCAGAAGCAUUGGCCCUUCAAGAUUGUUUCUAAGGGUGAUAAGCCUGUCAUUUCAGUGAAACACCGCGGGGAGCAACGCGACUUCACACCAGAGGAGAUCUCGGCCAUGGUCCUGGGCAAAAUGAAGGAGACGGCCGAGUCCUACCUUGGCAAGCCUGUUACUCACGCAGUCGUCACUGUCCCCGCAUACUUCAACGACGCCCAGCGUCAGGCCACGAAGGAUGCCGGUACGAUUGCUGGUCUGCAGGUGCUCCGUAUCAUCAACGAGCCCACCGCUGCCGCCAUCGCAUACGGUCUGGACAAGAAGGGCGGCGAGUCGCAGAUCAUCGUCUACGAUCUCGGUGGUGGAACAUUCGAUGUCUCCCUGCUCUCUAUUGACGACGGUGUCUUCGAGGUGCUUGCGACCGCGGGUGACACGCAUCUUGGAGGCGAGGACUUCGACAACCGUGUCAUGGACUACCUCAUCAAGCAGUACAAGAAGAAGUCGGGUACAGACGUGACGGGUAACCUGCGCGCGUUGGGCAAGCUCAAGCGUGAAGUCGAGAAGGCGAAGCGCACGCUGUCCAGCCAGCAGUCGACGCGUGUUGAGAUUGAGGCGUUCGAGGGCGGCAAUGACUUCUCUGAGACGCUUACGCGUGCGAAGUUUGAGGAGCUCAACAUGGACCUCUUCAGGAAGACAAUGAAGCCCGUUGAGCAGGUGCUCAAGGAUGCGAACCUCAAGAAAGAAGACAUUGAUGAGAUUGUUCUAGUCGGUGGUUCGACGCGUAUUCCGAAGGUCCAGCAGCUCCUCAAGGAGUACUUCGGCAAGGAGCCCUCAAAAAAUAUCAACCCUGAUGAGGCCGUCGCGUAUGGUGCCGCUGUCCAGGGUGGUAUCCUCUCUGGUGACGAAAACCUCGGUGACAUUGUCCUCGUUGAUGUCUGCCCACUCACGCUUGGUAUCGAGACCACUGGUGGUGUGAUGACCAAGCUCAUUCCCCGUAACACUGUCAUCCCCACUCGCAAGAGCCAGAUUUUCUCGACUGCUGCUGAUAACCAGCAGACUGUGUUGAUCCAGGUGUAUGAGGGAGAGCGUUCGUUGACGAAGGACAACAACUUGCUAGGCAAGUUCGAGCUGAACGGUAUCCCGCCUGCCCCUCGUGGUGUACCUCAGAUCGAGGUCUCCUUCGAGAUCGACGCGAAUGGUAUAAUGAAGAUCUCCGCCUCUGACAAGGGAACUGGCAAGUCGGAGUCAGUAACGAUCACGAAUGAGAAGGGCCGCCUGUCGCCCGAAGAGAUCGAGCGCAUGGUGAAGGAGGCGGAAGACUUUGCUGCCGAGGACGAAGCGCAACGCCAACGUAUCGAGGCACUCAACAGCCUCUCGACGUUCGUGUACGGGCUCAAGACACAGCUCGGGGACCAAGAGGGCCUCGGCGGCAAGCUUGACGAUGCGGACAAGAAGACGAUCCUGGACACCGUCAAGGAGACGACGGACUGGAUUGACGACAACGGGCAGAGCGCGUCGGCGGAGGAGCUCGAAGAGAAGCUCAACGAGGUGCAAAGUGUUGUCAACCCCAUCACGAGCAAGCUUUACUCCGGCGGCGGCGCUCCAUUCAGUGCGACGCCCGACGACGAGGACGACCCGAUCCGCUCUCACGACGAGCUGUAAUGGAUUCUUUCUUGCAUUCGCUUUUCUACACUGUUUAUUAGUCAUUCGGGAACCAAAAAUAAUAUAGAAGGUCCAGCUACACGAGAUAGACUUGGCUUUCGAGACAUCAUC